GUGAGGACGUAAAAGUUGGUUUUAUCAAGAAAAAAAUAAAAGCUAAAGAAAAAAGUGAAAUCAAAAAAGCAAACAAAGAACUAAAAAAACACAACCACAAUAAAGAAAGGGAAAUUUUUUAUGAAUAAAACAAAUAAAACUCAAAAAUCUAAAAGAAGAACGAAAGACUAACAGAUAGAAUAAAAAAUGAGUCAAUCUACAGUAUCUUGCUUGCCAGUACAAGCUAAAAUGUCGAAAGCAAAAAAAGUCUUGGAUGAAGCGCGUGAAACACAAAAUCGCGAAAUCGAUUUGGUGGAGAAGGGCAUUAGCUCCUUCGAGGAGUUGCCGGGAUUGUUCAACAUGACCAACAUUACUCGCUUGACUUUGAGCCACAACAAAAUCAGUGUCAUUAAUCCCGGCAUUGCUAAUUUAUUGAAUUUGGAAAUCUUAAAUCUUUCCAACAAUCAACUACGCGAACUGCCCGUUUCCAUAUCGUCCAUGCCCAAAUUGCGUAUACUCAAUGUAUCCAUCAAUCGUUUGGAUAGUCUUCCACGAGGCUUUGGAGCUUUUCCCGUUUUAGAAGUACUCGAUUUGUCGUACAAUAACUUGAACGAAAAAGGUUUACCAGGCAAUUUCUUUAUGAUGGAAACCUUGAGAGCAUUGUAUUUGGGCGACAAUGAUUUCGAAUAUAUACCCCAGGGUUUGGGUAACUUAAAGAAUUUACAAAUUUUGGGUUUACGUGAUAAUGACUUGUUGGAAUUGCCACGUGAAAUUGGUGAGCUAGCACGUUUGAGAGAGCUGCAUAUCCAGCACAAUCGUCUACAAAUUUUGCCCCCAGAAGUUGCCCAAUUGGAUUUAUUGGGUAGCAAAUCGGUUAUGAAAAUGGAAGAGAACCCUUGGGUACAACCGAUAGCAGAACAAUACUUAUUGGGUAUUAGCCAUGUCAUUGAGUACAUUAAAACGGAAACGUAUAAAAUUAUUUAUAAUCGCCAUAUGCAAAAUGGUCGUGGUGGACCGCCACCGCCCAAAGCUGAUAAAAGCAAAAAGGCUUCUCGUGUUCGCGCUUAAGAGCUCGUAUAUAUAUACAAUAUUUUUUGUUUGACGGACUUUAAGUGCCUUUUUGUGUUUCAUAAGUGGUCUGGCUAAUUUAGAUGCUAAACUCCUUACUAAAUAUUCAAUUGUGUCAAUUUGUAUGUGUUUUUUUGUACUAAUAAUUUUAAGCAUUUAAGAUAAUGUAUUUUUUCUUUUUGUAUUGUUAACAUUUUAAUUUAUAUUAUACAAAUACUUAUUUUAAUAAAAAAGAAUAAAUAAAACGAAGAACAAAUAUAUAGCAAA